AUGUCACUCCCACGUAUCCUCCUAAUCCUUCUCGUCAAAACCAUCCGAUUCCUCGCCAAUACCCUCGCGCCCCUCAUCCUCCGCUACAUUUACCGCAGUAUCCCCCACCCCGCCACCCGCACCCUCCACAUCCGCAGUACACUUCUCCCCUCCGUCCCCAGCACCCUCACACUACAUAUCUACCAACCACGAAAUUUCCUCCUGAAACAUUCGCCCCCGCUCCCAUGCAUCCUCAAUUUCCACGGCGGGGGCUUCGUCCUCGGUAAUCCAACUGAUGAUUCCCUCUGGUGCAAUACCAUCUCCACCCUCCAAAACUGCAUCGUUAUAUCCGCAUCCUAUCGCCUCGCGCCCGAAUAUCCCUUCCCAACCGGUCCCUAUGAUGCUUGCGAUGUACUUUUAUAUGUAUUUUCGCACGCGGAGGAACUCGGUAUCGAUGUGGAAAAUAUCGUUUUAAGUGGAUUUAGCGCGGGAGGAAGUCUAUGUUUUGGGAUUGUACUGCUCUUGCAAGAAUUGAAGGAGAAAGGAGUAGUGAAGAAUCCUCUCUGGAAUAUUAAGGGAAUCAUGGCAUGGUAUCCCGGACUCGAUAGUACGAUUACUCGCGCAGAAAAAAGAAUGCGGAUGAAAUAUCCGCAUCUUUCCCUACCGUCCUGGGUCACGGCUAUUUUUGACGCGUCGUAUAAACCGGAGUAUUUAAAUAUUGAUCGUAGACAUAAAUUACUUUCAGCGGGGAUACAGGAGAGAGAAGUAUUGGAGAAGGCGCUGCCGAGGAAAAUUAGAAUCGUUACUUGUGAACAUGAUAUGUUGUGUAGAGAAGCGGAGGAUUUUGUGAAGAGGUUGGAGGGCUGGGGUUGGAGGGUGGAUUUGGAGUGUGUGAUGGGGGUUAGACAUGGGUGGGAUAAAUUUCCACGGGCGAGCCCGGAUCCGAGGUUGUUUUAUGGGAGGGCGGGUGAGUGGUUGAGGAGGGAGGUUUGGGGUGAGGUGGGAGGUGGAGAUGGAGAGGGAGAAGAGGAGGGAGUGGGAUUUGAAUGA